AUGCUUAUUUUGAUGGGUGUUCAUCAGCUUCCACAACUCGGAAAUUAUUGGAGCAGUGAUCCUAUUCUUCGAGUAACUGCUAUCUCAUCGGUCAUGACAAAGCUUCGAUACAAAAAAAUUGUUGAGAACCUGCAUUGCAAUGACAACAGCACGUGUGUCAAAAAAGGGAAGCCAGGUUAUGACAAGUUACACAAAAUUCGACCUGUCAUCAGAGCAAUAUCAAAUAAGAUUUGUAAAGUCUACAAACCAUCUUCUGUUUCAGCAGUUGAUGAAUUAAUGGUGGCCUUCAAAGGACGGUCAACACUCAAACAAUAUAUGCCAAUGAAACCAGUGAAGCGUGGAUAUAAAGUGUGGUGCUUAGCUGAUACUAGUACUGGGUUCAUCAUAAAUUUCGACAUCUACACUGGAAAAAGAGAUACAAAUGAUACAUCCAAAUUUACUUUGGGUGAAGAAGUUGCGCUUACUCUAACAAAGGCAAUCGAUGGCAGCAAAAGGCUGGUAGCUUUUGACAAUUAUUUUACAACAGUACGAAUAAUGGAAGAGUUACAGUCUCAUGGACUUUAUGGCAUCGGAACUGUUCGUCCAAACAGGAAGGAUUUGCCUGAUAUGCUGAAAAAAAAUUCCAAGCUUAGCAGGGGAGAAUUCGAAUUUGCUGUCAGGUCAUGCAUUGCAGCAGUGAAGUGGCAGGAUUACAUUGAGGUGCUGAAACCUGCAAUGAGAAGUAUUUCAAUAAUGCCUGAAGCAGCUCAACUUCCAUCAGUGAAUCACCUAACCAAAAAUAAAGCCAAUGACUUGAAGAACUUCACGUCAUAUAUUGAAAAUGAAUCAGAGGCAGUUAAAGAGUUCUAUUCAAAAGUUGUCAGAGGGAAUGCUAAUUAUACUGAAGACAAAGUUCUGUAUUAUGAAGAAACUUUUCACUAA